UUUUUUUUUUUUUUCUUAGGCCAUGUUUAUAGGGAUAUCACAUGGGGUGAUCUAAGACCUUUUAAAAAUCAAAUUAAUUGAACAGUAGCCAUAAGAUCAGCCCAAUUGAUCUUAUUCUAGAUCAGUUCUUGUUUGUGUUGAUCUAAACGUGACGUGUCACACUCUCACGUAAAGCUUGGUUUCAUUUUUUUUGUCGAGACAUUUCUUUUUCUUCUUCUCUCGCAAACGGCGACAAGGCGAAACGGCGAGAGAUUUGUGUUCUCAUCACCGUCGUCUCCUCUGUCUCCUCGUUCCGGCCAUUGAAACACCAAGUCGACCGAUCUCCUCGUCUCCUCGUCUCCUCAUUUCCUCGUGUCCACCGACCGAUCAAACAAUGGUGCGUCUUCGAUUUCGUCAGGAGUGAGACUUGAAAACAUUAGCAAGAGCUAUGAAGGUGUGACGGUACUAAAGGAUGUGACUUGGGAAGUGAAGAAAGGUGAAAAAGUAGGGUUAAUCGGCGUCAACGGUGCGGGGAAGACGACACAGCUCAGGAUCAUAACUGGUCAAGAGGAACCUGAUUCAGGUAAUGUGAUUUGGGCCAACCCCAAUUUGAAAGUUGCGUUUUUGAGUCAAGAAUUUGAGGUUUCGAUGGGGAAGACAGUGAAGGAAGAGUUUAUGAGUGCGUUUAAAGAAGAGAUGGAAGUAGCAAGUAAGCUUGAGAAGUUGCAGAAGGCGAUUGAAGAAGCUGUUGAUGAUUUGGAACUAAUGGGAAGGUUACUUGACGAAUUCGAUUUGUUGCAGAAACGAGCUCAAGAGGUUAAUUUGGAUUCUAUGGAUGCGAGAAUCAGUAAGAUCAUGUCUGAAUUAGGGUUUGUGUCGGAGGAUGCAGAUAGGCUUGUGGCUCGUUUAGUAGUGGAUGGCAAAUGAGAAUGUCACUUGGGAAGAUUUUGCUUCAGAGUCCAGAUUUACUGCUUUUGGAUGAGCCAACGAAUCAUUUGGAUCUUGAUAUUAUUGAGUGGCUUGAAAGUUACUUGAAUAAGCAAGAUGUGCCUAUGGUCAUUAUAUCACAUGACAGAGCGUUUCUUGAUCAGUUAUGUACCAAAAUUGUGGAAACUGAAAUGGGAGUGUCGAUGACGUUUAACAUUUUGAUUCAUUGGUUUUGUAAAGCUAGGAAGUUUGAUGAUGCUAGGAAGAUGAUGGAUUUGAUGAAGGUUACUGAGUUUACUCCUGAUAGCACUUGCAAAAUGUUGGUAGAGGAGCUUGAUAGGAAACACAUGGCAGAACCAAAAGACAAGAUUCAGAGUUUGGUUCAGUCAAAAACUGUGACUUACGCAGUCCUAUUUCUGUUGUUUCGUAGAGAUUAGUAGAGUUUGGAGCCAUGGCUCAAAGUUUUGUUUUCUUUAUCUGUGGAAUGAUAUUAUACUCUAUAGCAGACUCUCUGUUUAGAUCUCAAAGCAUGUUUUACCUUACUGAAAUGAAAUGAAUUUGCAUGUUUUACCUUA